AUGUCAACUUACGUACGUAACUCGGUUUAUACUUCAGAAAAUAAAGGUGGAAUUGGACCCUCAAAAAAAUAUUACGAGAAAUCACCAGCACGAAGUAAAUCGACACCAGAUGUUACUUUCAAAUCCAACAAGAAUUUCACCAACUCUGAAGCACUUGAUUUAUGUGAGAAAGGAUGUCCAACGGCCUGUCAAACAAUUUUUAAUCAUAGCAAAAGAAUAUUUGAUACUCUCACAUAUUUUCGUCUUGCACUUGCAUUAACUUUAUAUAUUCUUAUCGUAAUUGAUGUAAUUCAUAUUUUUACAAUGAUAGAGAAAGAAUUUUGGAUCGUAAAUAUAGAAUUUACACUUUUUACUAUAUUUGCACAUCCAAAAAGAUUAGCUAAUUUCUCAAGAGCCAUUAAAAUAUAUAGAGCAAGUCGUAAAAUGAAUUCAUCAUCAUCAUUACAACUUGGACAACAAGAAUAUCCUUCAAAUAUUAAAGAGGCACAAAAACGAGUGAGCAAAGCUUAUGAGUGGUAUAUAUAUGAAGGAAACAAAGAAUUGAUUUGUCCUCCAGGAAAAUUGUUAAUAGUUCUCACAUUUUGGAAUAUAGGGAGUUUUAUACAAUAUGGUAUUUGUGCAAUUUUAUGGUUUUUCCCACAACAAUCUCGACCUGUAAUAAUUUAUUUAGCUUUUGAUGUGAUUAGUUUUAUAUGUGAAGUAGUUCCAAUUCCUAUGGUGGUUAGUCAAUCAAAGCGAGCAAAAAUAUCACGUAAAUAUGCAGUUUUUGAAGCUGGAAGAACUUUAUUGCCACAUUCAAGAUAUCGAAGAUCUAUGGCCAUAUAA